AUUUUCUCUCAAGGGAUUCUCAAUUUGAGGCUCAUUUUUCCCCCCCCUUCUUCCCUCUUUCUCCCAAAAGGGUUUUGUAUGAAAGCUGGUGAAAUUUCCGGCGACAAUAUUUGGUGUUUAAUCUGUGCCGGAAUUUCACUGCUUUUUAUAUCAUUCGAGAGAGAGAGAGAAAGAGAGAGAGAGAGAAAUGAGUUCAACUUAUGAAGAAACUACUUCCGAGCACUCUUCAUUUACACCAGGCAAUCCAUCUUCGUCCUUGUCCUCGUCCUCGUCCUCGUCCUCGUUCUCCUCAUGGUCGUCGUCGUCGUUUUCCUCUUCCUUCUCACCGCCAUCACCAUCGUUUCCUGAUUUCAACCCCGAUAGCUCUACACCAUCAGAUGAUAAUAACUCCGAUGAAUCUCCAGCACCAAAGUCAUCAAAGGACUCUAAGGAUAGAAAAUCGGGUAAAUCUUCAAAAGCGCCAAGCCCGCGGUCAUCGACGCCGAUUGCUUCAAAAUCUCCUUCACCGCGAUCUUCAUCAUCUUCAAAAGAUGCAUUGACCUCGGGAGAUCGGACGGAGGGGAAAUCAUCACACAAAUCAUCAUCACACAAAUCAUCCAACAAUGAUGAUUCAGGGUCGUCGGAUGUGAGCCCAGGAGUCAUAAUUGGGGUGGCGGUUGGGGUGGGAUUGUUCAUAAUUCUUCUCAUAUCAUUAAUUGCUCUGUGCUCCAAGAAGAGGAAGAGGAAGGAAGAUCCUAUGUCGUACUAUAGUGGAGACAAUGCGAAUGGACCUAAAGGUGGUAACUAUUACAACGGUUCACAAAAACCAAAUUGGCACAACAACAACGCAGGGGGGGGUCCGGGCGUGAAUGGGUGGCCGCCCAUGAGUAGUGAGAACAUGACCACAAGCGGUAGUUUUGCAGGGCCUCCUCUGCCUCCACCAUCGCCAUCCCUUGCGUUCGGGUUCAGCAAGAGCACGUUCACGUACGACGAGCUUGCAGCAGCAACAGGAGGGUUCGCGCACGGCAACCUACUUGGGCAGGGGGGGUUCGGAUACGUGCACAAGGGGGUGUUGCCCAACGGGAAAGAGGUGGCGGUGAAGAGCCUCAAGGUGGGAAGCGGGCAGGGGGAGAGAGAGUUCAUGGCUGAGGUUGAGAUUAUUAGUAGAGUCCACCAUCGCCAUUUGGUGUCCUUGGUUGGCUUUUGCAUUGCCGGUGGACAGAGAAUGUUGGUCUAUGAGUUUGUUCCUAACAACACCUUGGAGCAUCACCUUCAUGUUAAAGACCUCCCUGUAAUGGAUUGGCCAACCAGGCUUCGUAUUGCCAUAGGUUCUGCCAAGGGUCUUGCUUACCUUCACGAAGAUUGUCAUCCAAAAAUUAUUCAUCGAGAUAUCAAGUCCGCUAAUAUUCUAAUUGAUGCCAAUUUCGAAGCAAUGGUGGCCGAUUUUGGAUUGGCUAAGUUGUCUUCAGAUACUAACACCCAUGUCUCCACCAGGGUUAUGGGUACAUUUGGGUAUUUAGCACCCGAAUAUGCAUCAAGCGGGAAGCUAACAGAGAAGUCUGACGUGUUCUCAUUUGGUGUAAUGUUAUUGGAACUCAUUACUGGAAAACGACCGGUUGAUCCUCAUCAUGUUAUGGAGGAUAGCUUAGUAGACUGGGCACGAGCGAUUAUUAGCGGAGAAAUGGGAGAAGAUGUAUACGAAGUGCUGGUGGAUAAGCGAUUAGGAAAGGAGUUCAAUACUCAGGAGAUGGGGCGCAUGGUAUCAUGUGCUGCAGCCUCCAUCCGUCACUCCGCUAGAAAACGCCCCAAAAUGAGCCAAGUAGUACGAGCCCUCGAAGGGGAUUAUUCAUUGGACGACCUAAACGACGGGAUAAGACCAGGUCAAAGCUCAAUUUAUAGUGUGGCAGGGUCGGACUAUGAUUCAAAUGCGUACCAAGCCGACAUGUCAAGAUUCAGGAAACUAGCUUUGUCAGACGACAGCAGUGAGCUCGCAACUUCUAGCAAUGACUCACGAGAGAUCAACCAUCCCGGGACCCAAAGGCCUCUCUUUUGAGCCCCCACUUGUUUUUUUUCCUUCACAGAUAUUUUAUUUUAUAUAUUCAUUCAA